AGUAGUUAUCUCGUAUCUGAACCGUCCUAUAUAUAAACUUGACCCACUUUAGGUUCCUAUUUUUCUCAUUCAUCGCUAAUUCAAUUCCUUCACCUUCUGCUUUCUUUCCCUCUCGCAAUUUGCAACUCGCAACAUUAGUGCUUGGUGAUUGAUUACCUAAGAAGGACUUUGUUUGUUACUAGUAACCAAGGGCAAGUUUCAUGUCUGAAUUCGACACAAACAUCCCAACUGCUUUUGAUCCCUUUGCUGAGGCAAAUGCUGAGGACUCAGGUGCUGGGACAAAAGAGUAUGUUCAUGUCCGUGUACAACAGCGUAACGGAAGGAAAAGCCUAACAACUGUUCAAGGAUUGAAGAAAGAGUACAGCUAUAGCAAGAUACUCAAAGACUUAAAGAAAGAAUUUUGCUGUAAUGGUACUGUUGUUCAAGACCCUGAGUUGGGCCAGGUCAUACAACUUCAGGGAGAUCAAAGGAAGAAUGUUUCUACUUUCCUUGUGCAGGCUGGCAUAGUAAAGAAGGAACAUAUCAAGAUUCAUGGUUUCUAAGGUCUAACCAUCGGUGGCAAUUUAUCUUCAUGCUAAAUAUACAUAGCCUUGCUUACUACAUUACCACCAGCAGCUGCUUAUAAAUCUGAAUUCAAGGGAAUAUCAGUCACUGCAACAUUCUGUUAUAUGUAAUCUGCUGUGGUUCUGUUUUCCUUAUUCUGGAUAGUUAUUACUGGGUUAUGUGGCAACGAUAAUAUGUCUGCUUCUAAGACAACUGUCUUGAAUAAAUUUUUUAUUAUUCUUCCGCC